ACGGCACCUUAUUUGACAUUUCUGUCUCGCACACAAAAAGCACUGCAACCAAAAUAAAUCUAUGCCCUCUCGUUUUUUAUUUUUUAUUUAUUUUUUGAUUUAAUAAACUCACUCUAAAUCUAAUUAGGGUUAGGGUUUUAAUACAAUUUCCCCAAUUUUCUUUUCCCUCCUUGUAAUGCUUCAAAUUUUUUUAAUUGCAAAUAUAAUUCGCCAAUGUACAGCCAUUCCCACUCUAUGAACAUUCACCAGAUCCCUACUCCUACCGGAGAUGAUGAUGACGGUACCGCCGGCGACUCUAUCGACCAUCACCAUAUACGUUAUGAAGAUGGUAAUGCUACUGGCAUUGUAUUAGAAGAUGAUGUUUCAAAUGAUUCUGUUUAUGUCCCUACUAGUGCUGCUGCCUCUGAACUCGAUUUACACCGUACCGACGUCUCCAGUCAGCUCACAUUGACGUUUCGAGGCCAGGUUUAUGUUUUUGACGCUGUUACGCCUGAUAAGGUUCAGGCAGUGUUAUUACUGUUGGGAGGAUGCGAAUUAACUACAGGUCCUAAUGGUCUGGAAGUUGCUUCUCCAAAUCAAAGGGGUGGGGUGUUAGACUACCCUGGGCGUUGUACCCAACCUCAGAGAGCGGCCUCAUUAGAUAGGUUUCGGCAGAAGAGGAAAGAACGGAAUUUUGAAAAGAAAGUUAGAUAUGGUGUUCGUCAAGAGGUUGCUCUCAGGAUGCAGAGAAAUAAGGGUCAGUUUACAUCCGCCAAAAAGUCAGAUGGAACAUAUGGUUGGGGUGGUGGUCAGGAUUCAGGUCAAGAUGAUAGCCAGCAAGAAACCUCGUGUACCCAUUGUGGCAUAAGUUCAAAGUCAACCCCAAUGAUGCGACGUGGUCCAACUGGUCCGAGAUCACUUUGCAAUGCUUGUGGGCUUUUUUGGGCGAACAGGGGAACUUUAAGAGAUCUCUCCAAGAAAAGCCAGGAUCAUUCUCUAACUCCAAUGGAGCAGGGUGAAGCUGAAGGAAAUGACUCGGAUUCUGGCAAUGGAAUCCAUACACAUAACAAUCUUCUUGAUUACUAAAUUGCUGAUGAUUCUCUGAAGCAGAAUAUUAAGCUUCGAGGCUGUCUAGAAGAAGGGGCAGACCAGUAGAAACCAAUUGAAGUGGAAGAUUUACUAGUAAAAUUCUAUCAGUGUAAUGUACAGAUGUUAUUAAUAGUGUUCAUCAUCAAUACAAUACAUGAGGCUCUCUCUUCAUUUCAUUGGUAUUUUCAAUGAGAUCACCUCUUGAAGAUCUUAUAAAGGUUUACUCAUUUCUCA